AUGAUGAUCCGGCGCCGCAUGGACUGGGAAGACUACUACACGCUCCUGGAAGACGCGAUCAUUCGCGCCGCGAUGCUUCAAAGGUUCGCAGACACUACACAUUCAUCUCCUCCACUCACGACCGAUCCAGACUGCACCUUGUAUGACGGAUAUUUCUAUGUCACUGCCCGAAACUAUACUUGGCAGCUGCAGUGCUCCAAUACCUACGAUGGCGUUAUCCUCGCUCAAACUACGGACACGACUGACUUGGGCUCCUGCAUCCAAGAGUGUGUCAAUUACAAUCGCCAGAAUGCCCCGGGGGCUUGCUUAGCAGUCACCUUCAAUGGUGCUUUUGCCACUGCAGAUACUGUCUGCACCCAGUUCACCGAUGUUAUAUCGGUUGGAAUCGCGUCUGAAGAAGGAGAUGGAGAGAUUUUUGCCACACCAGAACCAGACCCAUCAUUCUCUGGAGCGCCCACCGGGCAGCCCACCGCAGACCCGUUAUCUUCCUCGACCACAGCAAGUUCAACAGGAAUCACCACGACAAGCACACUGUUAUCGACAACGAAUUCUCAACCUGCGAGCACAUCAUAUGCGAUUUUCACCACCACGACCACUUCUACUAGUACGAUCUUUGUCGCAUCAUGUACUGAUGGGACUGCUUCGUGUCAGCCUAGCACGACAACUUCUUCUUCUACACUGUCCUCUGCAGAAGGCCCAGGAAUUUCUUCGAGCAGUCCUCAAACUACAAGCGCAACUUCUAUAGAUAUCAGUGAUGGAGGCUCCAGACCUGCCACAACUACAGGGCCAGUGACCACUAGCAGUUCAUCAAGAGCCAUCACAUUCGACGCAGGUCAGACAACACUGACAACCGUUGUACCUUUUACCGAAUACAUGGUCCAAAUCAUUGAGUCCUUACAAACUUUCUUCGGAACUUUUGUAGCCAUCUUCCAGUCCGCAAAGAUGACUUCCUCAGCUCUUUUCUCGCUUGCUCUGGCAGCAUUCAUCGCCUUUCUGAGGCUGGUGAACGCAGAUUCCUCUUCAGCCUGCAACCCUCUGAACGGCCCUUGCCCUGCGAUUCCUGGGUUGUCAAAUAGCGAGUAUUUUGUUGAUUUCACACAGCAAACCACAACACCUGCUGACUGGAUUCUCGCCGACUAUGCCACAGUUGGCUACGGUUCUCCUAACGGUGCUAACUUUACCUUCGCAAAACGAUACGAUGCCCCGUAUAUUUGGACCCGCUUCUAUGUUCUAUUCGGCCGCAUCGAGGUGGUUGUCCAGGCCGCCCCUGGUGCUGGUAUCAUCACAAGCGCCGUCAUGAUGUCGGAUGACUUGGACGAGAUAGACUGGGAGUGGUCGGGAAACAAUUUUGCCGGGUCCAGUGGUGCUGUGCAGACCAAUUAUUUUGGCAAAGGUCAGAUUGGAUAUUCUGACCGCGGCUCGCAACCUGCCGUGGACGAUCCUGAACACGAAUUCCACACAUACACCUUGGAUUGGACACCGGAGAAAUUGGUUUGGUCUAUUGACAGCGUUGCCGUUAGGACAUUGAAAAACACUGGCGCCACGACUGGGUCAUACCAAUACCCGCAGACACCAUCCCGGCUGCACCUUGGCCUGUGGUGCUCGGGCGACCCAAAUACUGCUGCUGGUACUGUGCACUGGGGUGGAGGAUACACCAACUUCAGCGCCGCGCCAUUCUCAGCCUACGUGAAGUCUGUCAAGAUUACGACGAGCAAAACUUGUUCAAGUUGGCAAUAUCCUAGCCCGUUCGAUGGCACUUGGCAGUCUGUGCAAUGCACCAACCAGACACUUGCACUCCCAUGUACUUAUACUGUCGCUGCUGGUGAUGACGGCUCUAAGAUUGCAAAGAAUUUGACAGUCAAUGUCGAUACCCUCAAGGCAGCAAAUCCGGGAGUCAACUGGGAUCAGUUGAUGUUGGGCCAAGUGCUCAAUGUACCGGGUGCCAAGCUCUUCAAGUACGCUGUCCUCGACAAGUUCAGUAGCAAGCACAACGGCUUCGACUCAGAUCUCCUCCGAGUCAACCUCCGCUGUCACUGUGACCUCCACCUCAGCUUCGACCACAAUCACAUUGACUACCAGCGCAAGCUUCUCUUCUACUAUUUCGAUAACAUCUGGUGCAAGUAG